CACUACAUACUGGAGCUGUCUGAGAACAACUCUCCAUGGAAGGUGUACACGUCGGAGGUGGGGCCUGCUGUGACACAGGUGUCGGUGGGCGGGCUCACCCCUGCCAGGACCUAUCAGUUCAGACUCUGUGCUGUCAAUCAAGUGGGCCGCGGCCAAUACAGCGGCGAGACACAGAGGUUGAUGCUGAGAGAGGAGGCUCCCAGCGCUCCUCCUAAGAACAUGGUGGCGUCGGGUCGUACCAACCAGUCUAUCAUGGUCCAGUGGCAGCCUCCCCCAGAACCGCAGCACAAUGGACUGCUCCGAGGAUACGUCCUCAGGUAUCGUCUGGCAGGUCUACCAGGAGAGUACCAAGAGAAGAAUAUCUCUAGUCCAGAGACAAACUACUGUCUCCUAUCAGACCUCAUAAUCUGGACUCAGUAUCAGAUACAACUGGCUGCCUACACUGCUGCAGGCCUGGGGGAGUAUAGUACUGCUGUUACUGAGUACACACUACAGGGAGUCCCCACAGCGCCCCCUCAGGCUGUAGAGGUAACAGCAGUCAGCUCCUCCGCUAUCAGAUUCACCUGGAACCCUCCGCCUCAGCAGUUCAUCAACGGGAUCAACCAGGGAUACAAGUUGCUAGUCUGGCCAGAGCACUCCCCCGAGGCUGUAACCAUAGUGACCAUCACCCCCGACUACCCCGGUUCCCGCCUCACCGGAUUGGUUGUUGGACUAAGGAAGUUCACCUGGUAUCUAGGCUCCACCCUCUGCUUCACCACGCCCGGCGAUGGACCCAAGAGCCCUCCCAUACUGCUACAGACACACGAAGACACUCCAGGUCCGGUGGGUCACUUGAGCUUCACUGAGAUCCUGGACACGUCUCUGAGGGUGAGCUGGGCAGAGCCUAAAGACAAGAACGGCAUCAUCACAGGUUAUGUGAUAUUGUGGUGUGUUUCUGGGUCAGCAUCGGGGUCAGGGUCGGAGGGCAAUGCGUCCUGUGAGGAGCGAGCUCUCGCUAACUCUACCCUGCAAUACAAGGUCACCAGCUUGACCUCUAUGACAUCAUACGCCCUGGAGGUCGCCGCCAUGACAGCGGCAGGAAGAGGCGUGGCCACCACCUCCACCAUCUCCUCUGGAGUUCCACCAGAGCUUCCUGGUGUGCCUUCUAACCUGGUCAUCUCCAACAUCAGCCCUCGCUCCGCCACACUAAGGUUCCGCCCCGGCAGCGAUGGGAAGACGGUCAUCUCCAAAUGGAUCGUAGAAGGACAGGUGGUGAGAGAGAGGGGUGGAGAGAGGGAUGGGAAGGAGGAGGAGUGGAGAGUCGUGUAUGAGAGAGAGAACAGAGAGAAGCAGCCUGAUGUCGACUCAAUGGAAAUACCAGACCUCCUCCCCUUCACACUGUACAGGUUCCGAUUGCGCCAGGAGAACAUUGUGGGCUCCAGUCCCUCUAGCACCCCCUCCAGGAUGAUUCAGACACUGCAGUCGGCCCCUGACACACCCCCUAACAACCUCACCCUGGUUACAGCCACACAGACCAGCCUCACACUACGCUGGGCGCCGUUACCGGUUUCUGAGUAUAAUGGUAGUCCAGAGACGGUGGGUUACCGGGUGUGUGUCCGGCGGGCAGACGGCCGGGGAGAGGAGAGGAUGGAGGAGGUGGCGGAGGUCAGAGGACAGGGGUCAGGGGUUAGUGGUCAGCAAAGCGAGACGAUGCUGGAGGGCCUGGCUGAAUGGACGGACUACCAGUUGAAGAUACAAGCCUUUAACUCCAUAGGAGCAGGGCCAUGGAGUAACACACUGACCACACACACCAAGGAGUCAGUGCCGUCUGGCUGUCCAGUGAAUGUGAGUGUGGAGGCGGUGAGUUCUACCAGGAUUUUGGUCACAUGGUCUCCUGUUCCCGAGAUGCAGAGAAACGGACCCAUCCUAGGUUACAAGGUGUUGUACGCAGUGAAGGAUUGUGUGGGCGCCCCCUCAGUGUGGUCAGUCCCAGGGGAGAGGAGUGUUUCUGUCCUCCUGGGGGAACUACUGAAGUACACAGUCUAUCAGAUACAGCUGGUAGCAUUCACACAGCUGGGAGACGGACCACCGAGCCCCAGAACACUACACAGGACCAAGGACGACGUUCCAGGUCCUCCAGUGAGGCUGUUGUUUCCAGAGGUUCGUCUGACGUCUGUCAGGGUGGUGUGGCAGCCUCCUCCUGACCCCAAUGGGAUUAUCUUGGGUUAUCAGAUAGCGUACCGUCUGGAUGCCGGCGACCCCAUGCGGUUCACUACGGUGGAGGUGGGGUCGACCGCGCGUCAGUUUACAGUCAGCAGUUUGACCGGAGACCAGGCCUAUGUGUUCAAGUUGACCGCUAGGACCUCUCAGGGAUGGGGCAGAGCUCAGGAAGCUGUAGUUAUCACCACCGAACGCAGAGAGCGUCCCUCUCCCCCCAGGAAGUUGUCCGUCCCCCAGGGGGAGAUCCAAUCUCGUAGGCUCCGCCUCCACUGGGUUGCCGGGUUGACAGGCUCCUCCCCCCUACGGUACUACUGCCUGCAAACCAGAGAGCUUCCGACCGGAGACUGGACCAGUCACUCUGCUGAUAUACCACACAAUUACACAGCCUGGACCGUGGAGAGACUGAAACCCUUCACGUCGUACAAGCUGAGGAUGCUGGCAACCAACGAUGUAGGAGACAGCAACUACAGCAAAGAGACGGAGACUGUUAUCACACUACAGGAUGUUCCUGAGGAGGCUCCAGUGAUAGUAUCAGUUAAACCCUCUACUACUACCUCUGUUCUGGUGCAGUGGCAGCGUCCCAGUGAGGAGAGCGUUAACGGGGUGCUGGUUGGCUACCGGCUGUACUACCGGGAACUCCCGGUAAACUCCACCCCUAGUACGGUACCCCUGGAAGACAUGGCCAACAACACCACCACACGUGGUGACAUCACUGCUCUGACCAGCUUUAAGACAGUGAGCAGUGCUUCCUUAACAGAAUUUGAGUUAACGCAGCUGAAGAAGUUUAAGUGUUAUGAGAUCGUCAUGACAACCUAUAACAUCGUAGGAGAGAGCCCACCCUCUGAGCCGGCCACUGUAUCAGUUGGAGAAGCAGCUCCCUCCUUGCCACCCCAAUCUAUCAGAGUGGUGCCUGUCUCUCCUACUGUACUGGAGGUGACCUGGGACCUCCCACCCCUACACACACAGAAUGGACUCAUCCAGGGUUACAAGAUCCACUACUGGCAGGGGGACAGACAGAACGAGACAGAGAAGGUGACGGUGGUGUUUGUUCCUGACACGCGUGUUCGUCUGGUCAACCUCACGUGUUACACGUCCUACCUCGUCACGCUGUCUGCCUUCAACGUGGCUGGAGACGGCCCGCCCAGCGAACCCCGGGGCGCCAAGACCCUACAGGCUGCCCCCAGCCAGCCUAGUUUCCUGUCGUUUUCGGAGGUGACAGGAUGGAGUGUCAACGUCUCCUGGGGGGCGCCCAGCGCUUCUAACGGGGUAGUGGAGGGGUACAGGGUGGUCUACCAACCCACACAGCCUGUUCAGGGUGUGAGUCGGGUGGUGACGGUGGAGGUGAAGGGUAGCUGGCAGCGUUGGUUGAAGGUCAGAGACCUGACUAAAGGAGUAAUCUACAGGUUCAGUGUCCAGGCCAGAACAGUCAGCUACGGACCUGCUGCCCACUGUAACGUCACCUCACAGCCUCUACAGGGCACCCCUGGUUCGCCCAUGGAGAUGUCAGUCACCAAGUCCUCCUCGGCGCUGACCAUUCAUUGGUCGGAGGGAGACGCGGGGGCGGGACCUGUCAUAGGUUACAUCAUCGAGGCUCGUCCCUCAGAUGAAGGGAUGUGGGACUCGUUUGUCAGGCUCCUCCCCCCCAGCAGUAGGUCAGUAACCGUGGAGAUGGACCGUCUGAGGUCAGGGGUCGGAUAUGAGUUCCGUGUCAUCGCUGUCAAUCGCUACGGUUAUGGGGAACCCAGCACGCCGUCCACCGCGCUCGCUGCUCUGUGGGACCGUCCCUUCUAUGAGGAGUGGUGGUUCCUGUUGGUCCUGUCUCUGAUUGGUCUGAUCAUGAUCCUCAUGUUGGUGUUCAGCCUCCUGCUGCACGGACACAACCACAAGUACAGGAGCUGCAGCACAGGAAAGCAUGUGUCUACGGUGGAGGAGUCCGUAACCCUGGACAACGGAGGAUUCACAGCUCUGGAACUCAACAGCAGAACUCUGAACAACAAAAGCAACUUCCACAAGAAGAAUGGAACUAGGUCCCCUCCCAGGCCCAGUCCAGGCCUCCUCCACUACUCUGAUGAAGACCUGUGUGAUAACUACAACAAUGGAGCCAUCCUCACAGAGAGCACCACACUCACAGAGAAACCUGCUGACAUCUCAGAGUCUGAGGUAACAGACAGUGACUGUGAGGAUGAUCAUCAUCCUAAACAUUCCUUUGUUAAUCACUACAUGUCAGAUCCCACCUACUAUAACAGCUGGAAGAGACAACCUAAAGGCCUGAAGGGGUUAAGCCCGGCGUCCGGCUACGAGGAGUGUUCCAGCGCUGACGGGGCAGAGCCCUACUACCAGACCGUGGUCACACAGCACAGCACAGGGGGAGCGUACACACCCACUGGGCUGCCCGCGCACACACACACACUCCCACUCCCACACACACUCCCACACACACACACGCACGCCAACCCCAAUACUAAUCCACCAGGCUCACGCACGCCCGUCACGGGGUUCUCGUCUUUUGUGUGACUCGUGCACACAUGCGCACACACACACACACACACACGCGCGCGCGCGCUCACACACACACACAGAGGGCGGAGCGGAGGAGGUUUGGAGCCCACUACUGUGGUAGGACAGAGGGAUGGAGGGAGAAGGGUGGACGAGGAGGAUGGGAGGAAGGAGGGAGAGGAGGAUGGGAGAGAGGAGGAUGGGAGA